UAAAAUCUACGGAACUACGAUACGGAAGGAAGGAACUUUUCGUUUACAUGGGGUUCUCAUUAGUUUGACCGACACAGCUGAGUCGGAAUUGCGUUUACGGGAAUCCCUUACCGCAUGCCCUUACCGUGCACAAAAACUCACCCCGAGAGCAACUGCGUUCUUUUAACUACAUAUUUACACAAUACAUCGGUUUGUGUGUGUAUGUGUGGUUGUAUCUACACAAUGUUGCCAUUGAUAUUUUUGCUUACACACUUUUUCACACAUCCGCGUUAUCAGUUACAAUUUUUCAUUGUUUAAUAAACCAAAGCCAAAAACCAACAAAUGCAAAUAGUUCAUUUAUCUAUAAUUAACAUUAUUUAACAGUAUUUUUAAGCUAUUUUAACAAAAAUUAUAAUUUUUCUAAGUUUAUUUUGUAAAUGAUUUCGAAAUGUACUGCUUGGCAACACUGUGUGGUGAGAGAGCAAUCAGCUGGGUCGAAAUUACGGAAUUUUUUAAAUAAUCGUGAAAUAAAAUCUACCGUACUACGAUACGGAAGGAAGGAACUUUUCGUUUACAUGGGGUUCUCAUUAGUUUGAUUGAAACAGCUGAGUCGGAAUUGCUUUUACGGGCUUCACUGUUUUCAGCAUAAGUGUUGUUGGUCCUUUACUGUUAAUAUUUGGAAAGAUAUGGUGCGUUGAUUUUAGAUAAAAAUGGAUAACGAUUACUAUUCUCAAUUUUAUAAAGUGAAGGAAAUAUUUUCCAAAAAUAUGGAUAAAAAACAAAAGUGCGAAUUAAUUACAAGCAUAUUUCAAUCCAUUAGAGAAGCUAUGCAAUUGGACUCCGAUGACAGCGAUAAAGAGGAAAUACUUUUAGGAUUGGCCAGAUUGGGCGAGAAAGCUGCAUCGUUGCCUAUCAAAAGAGCCAAGCGGCAAUGGAUUAAGGAAUGGAGGAAAAAUAGGUGCGAUCGCGGCUCGUUCGCCUUUUUAAACAAAGAAUUGCUGGUACACGAUGAGCAAAGCUACAGGAACUUCCUACGAGUAUCAAAAUCUCAAUUUGAUUAUUUGCUGUCGCUAAUAGCGAAUGAAAUACAACGCUCUGAUUCGACUAUGAGAGCCGCGAUUCCCGCAGCAGAAAAAUUGGCAUUGACGCUGCGAUUUCUCAGCACUGGAGAGUCUUACGUGAGUUUGGAUUACCAGACCCGUUUAUCCAAAUCUUCAAUUUCCAGUAUAGUUCCUGAGGUAUGCAGUGCCCUUUAUAACAAAUUGAAAUCGUCGUAUUUAAAGUUUCCAAACAGCAAUUCAGAAUGGGAGGCCAUUGCAAAAGAAUUUGCAGUUAAAUGGCAAUUCCCCAACUGCAUUGGCGCGUUAGAUGGUAAGCAUAUAACUUUUCGUCCAUCACGUUCUGAAGGAGCUUUCUAUUACAAUUAUAAAGGGACUAGAAGUAUAAUUUUACUAGCCCUGGUGGAUGCUAAUUCCAAAUUUAUUUUCGUGGACGUUGGUUGUAACGGUCGCAGUAACGAUGCUGGAGUAUUUCUGCAAAGCAAAUUAAGGGAUGUUCUGCAAGAAGAGAAGGAAAUACCAAAAGCUGCUUCAAUAGGAAACGAUCGACGCCUACCGUACGUCGUAGUCGGAGACGAUGCAUUUCCUCUGCAGAUGCAUUUAAUGAAGCCAUAUCCCUACCACACGCAAUGCCAGGAAAAACAAGUUUUUAAUCAAAGACUCUCUCGUGCAAGGCAUGUGGUGGAACAUGCAUUUGGAAUUUUAUCCAAUAGAUUUCGCGUCCUUCUAGCUCCGAUAAAUCUGAAAGUGGCCACUGUAGAGAAAAUUGUAUUGACGUGUUGUGCUUUACACAAUUAUUUAAUCGAAAAUGGCGAAAUGUUCACUGAUGAGAGAGUAAACGCAGAAACUGUAAAUAAUAACCACUCAACUGAUUCCGAUGUAUUCUACAAUCCGCGAAAAGGUGCAGCAGAGAACGUACGUGAACAGUUUCUCAAAUAUUUUAAUGAAGAAGGCAAACUGGAUUGGUUACAUAAUAAAUAAUUUGUUUUUAUUUAUAUAUAUGUAAACAUUAGUCUUUGUUUUUUCAUUAAAAAAUAAAAAAAUUAAAAUUCACUUCAUGUGUAAACGCUUAACUAAAACAAAGUUACAAAAAAAUAAUUGGAUUUAAAUUCAGUCUUUUAACAUAUUCUUAUUAUUACUUAUUUACUAAGACAUAGUAUUUGGCACGGAGCAUAAUUAUCAACUUUUUAAAUAUAUG